AGAAUAAAGCGCAAGCGCAAUGUCAAUUUAAAUUAACAAAGCUAACUUGAAGUUUGUAAAAACGAAAUGUCUAUACUUCAGUUAAAGGUGCGAUCGCAGUUCUUCUCGUGACAUUUAACAUCAAGGACCAACAAAGUUGAUUUUCAAGUUUAAAAUCUUUUAAUUUAUCUGAAAAAACAUUUAUUUAAACAAUUUUUUUUUAUAUUCAAUUAUUUUAAUUACAAUUACAAAUGAAUAAUUAACAAAAUGAAAAUUAAAUUAUAAUUGAAAAACAGGAUUUUAAAAUUCAAAAAUGUUUUAAUUUAAUUUUUUUUAUUUGGUCAAAAAAUUGACAUCCAAGAUUUUUUAUUUUAUUUCAAAGUUUUCGAAACGAGGAUAAUUAUUUCUUCAAACUUAAAGACGAAAGACUAAUUUAUUUCGCACGUGCAAGAUAAAGUGAAUGAUAAAUCAAUGAGAGGAAGGAAAAAAAUGAUUUUUACCUAACAAAUAAGAAUUGUGUAAUACAAAUACAAUUUUUAACUGUUCAGUAAAUUUUUUUCAAUGAUGAGAAGAAUUUUUUAUAUAUCGAUAGUUCAUUGAAAAUUGAAAAUCUUUGAAGAAAGUGAAUUUAUUUAAUUAUCAGGAAUUAUAUUAAACAAUGCACAUUAUGUUUACAAACAUUGACUUUUUAUUAAGUAGUUAGCAUUCAAACAUUCAUCAUUAUUAUUGCAACAACACAUAAUUUUAAUACAGAAGAGUUGAUUGACAGAAAAGGAAGGAGGUAUUUGAUUUGAAACAUAUUAAAAGAGGUAAAAUUGGGGAUGAAAUUUGUGAAUAAAAUGAGAAUGUCAGAACAUAAAAUAAAAGGAGAUUGGACGGAAUAAUAAAUUAAUGAUUUAAUAAAAAAAAAUCCAAUUGAAUGGUUGUUUUUAUAAAUUCAAACUUAGAAUUUAAUGAACUGUAAAAAUGAAGAAUUUAAAUUUACUGAAAGCUGCCAAAAAAAGGAUUCCAAUUGUAACUUGGCUACCAAAAUAUUCUUCUGAUGAUGCUCUCGGAGAUCUUGUUGCUGGCUUAACAAUUGGAUUGACGUUAAUUCCACAGGCAAUAGCUUAUGCUGGUUUAGCCGGUUUGGGACCACAAUUUGGCUUGUACAGUGCAUUCGCCGGAAGUUUCGUUUACAUAAUCUUUGGAACAUGCCCUGAAGUGAAUAUUGGACCUACUGCCCUUAUUUCAUUAUUAACGUUUACCUACGCGAGAGGAAUUCCAGAAUAUGCUGGUCUUUUGUGUUUCCUCUCUGGAUGUGUAACAAUAAUUCUUGGAGUGAUGCGUUUAGGUUUCCUUGUGGAAUUUGUAUCGACGCCAGUUGUUUCUGGAUUUACAUCAGCUGCAAGUUUAAUAAUUGCUUGCAGUCAAAUUAAAGGCCUAUUGGGCUUAAAAAUUCAUGGCGAAAGUUUCAUUGAAAUUUGGAAAGAACUUUUUUAUAAAAUUGAUCAAACACAAAUUCCCGAUUUGAUACUUUCCUGUGGCUGUAUUGUAAUUCUUCUGAGUCUUAAAACAAUCAAAGAUAUAAAGUCAUCCAAUAGAUUUAUCAGUAGACUAAUUUGGUUCAUAGGAACUGGAAGAAAUGCAUUAGUAGUGAUUUUAUGUGCGACAAUUUCCUAUAUUUUUGAAAGUCGAUCAAAAGCACCAUUUAUUCUCACGGGACAUAUUGAUGCUGGAUUGCCAAAAGUAGAACCACCUCAAUUUUCUCAUCAAAAUGAAAAUCAAACUAUUGGCUUUUUAGAAAUAUGCAAAACAUUUGGUUUUGGAAUUAUUGUCGUUCCAUUAAUUUCAAUAAUAGGAAAUGUUGCAAUAGCCAAAGCAUUUUCUCGAGGCAAGGCUUUAGACGCAACACAAGAAAUGUUAACCUUGGGGCUUUGCAACUUGGUUGGAUCCUUUUUUCAUUCAAUGCCUGUCACUGGCUCUUUUUCUCGAAGUGCAGUUAGUAAUACUUCCGGGGUAAGAACUCCUUUAGGUGGAUUAUAUACAGGUAUUUUAGUUAUUUUAGCAUUGAGUUUAUUGACACCUUAUUUUUAUUAUAUUCCAAGAGCAACAUUGAGCUCUGUUAUUAUUUGUGCUGUUAUUUUUAUGGUUGAGAUUAAAAUGUUCAAGUCUAUAUGGAAAAGUAGCAAAAGAGAUUUAAUUCCAGCAUUAGUGACAUUCUUAUCUUGUCUAUUCGCUGGAGUUGAAUUGGGAAUUAUAAUUGGAGUUAUAAUUGAUAUUGCAAUUCUUAUUUAUUUUAACGCUAGGCCCACUAUGUAUAUUGAAUACAGAAACACCUUAUCAUCUCCUUACAUUUUGGUAAGACCCAGUGCAGGUCUUAUGUUUCCUGCAGUGGAUUAUUUAAGAACAUACUUAACUGAAUGUUUAAAUGAAGAUAAACGAAAUGCAAAAAAAAAUCAACUUAACAUUGUACUCGAUUGUUCGCAUAUCGAUAGAAUAGAUUUUACAGCAAUGCAGGGAAUUAAUUCAGUGGUAAGAGAUUUAAAAGGCGUUGGAGGUCGACUAAUAUUGCUGAAUCCAACAGAUGAGAUUUCAAAAAGUAUUCAAUCUCAUGUUACUGAAACAAUUUUAAUUGCUUCUACAGAUGUCGAACUAAUUACAGUAUUAAAACAAAUUGAUGAUGAAUUUUCUUUUAAUAUCGCAAAUAGUGGAAAGUUUAUUAAAAAUAUUAAUGGUAAAACUAUAAUUAGGAUUAAUUCAAAUGACACCAACACAAGUGUAUAAAGUGUUUUAAUUAAUUAAUUUGUAAAUAAUAUUAAAAAAAAGAGUUCCUAAUUUAA